AUGAGUUAUCUUGCAGGUCGCCGUAGGCCCGUAGCCAGUAGGCUAUCAAAAGCCUGGUUGCGAGGAGCAUGCAUCCCGUACACAGCACGUCGCGCAUUUAGCGUACAAGUGACAGGGAGUCGAACUACAGAUAUCGAAGCAUUGAAAGUGAACCAACAAAGGCUGAUGGAAACACUGCAUCACACCUGUUCAUGGGGUACAGGAAAGCGAUGGGGGAGCGGUUCAAAUGAUACUGGUAUGUCCAGGCUCGCUCUGAGCGACACAGACAAGCAAGCCCGAGACUGGUUCGUCGAGACCACCUCGUCGCUAGGCUGCGAUGUUAAAGUCGACGCCAUGGGUAACAUCUUCGCGGUGCGACCCGGCCGCCGAGAAGGUCUAGCUACAUUUGCCGGGUCUCACCUCGACACGCAACCCAGCGGUGGUCGAUACGACGGCAUAUUAGGCAUCUUGGCCGGAGUCGAGAUGUUGAAGACGCUGAAGGACCACCAUGCGGAAACGGAAUUUCCAGUAGGCGUCGUCAACUGGACUAACGAAGAAGGCGCGCGCUUCCCAAUAAGCAUGUGCUCCUCCGGCGUCUGGGCUGGAGAUAUCCCUCUGGAGACAGCCUACAAUCUUCGUGAAGUCGGCGGCGGAAACGCCACGAUGAGAUCAGAGCUCGAGCGCAUAGGAUACCUAGGCUCGAUUCCCGCAAGCCACAAGAGCACACCGAUGGCUGCGCAUUUCGAGCUGCACAUCGAGCAAGGCCCCCUAUUAGAAGCCGAGAAGCAGAAGAUCGGCGUCGUCCACGGCGUCCAGGCGUAUCGCUGGUUCACGGUAGAGGUAGCCGGCCGAGACGCGCAUACAGGCUCAACACCCCUCGGGAACCGCGCUGACGCAAUGCUUCUCGCCGCGCGGCUCAUCACGCACUCGCAUCGACUGGCGACGAAGCACUCCGCGCUCGCAUCAACAGGGAUCCUCAGUCUCACGCCAGGCAGCACGAACACGAUCCCAGGCUACGUGAGCUUCACGCUCGACGUGCGCGCACCAGCUGACUCGACGGUGGAAGCCAUGGAGGCGGAUAUGAAGCGCGACUUCGCGGCUCUCGCCGCCGGCGAGAAUAUCCAGGGUCUUCUGGACGGGGCAACACCCAGUCGUCCCCUCGAGGUGUCGUGGCGAACCGACAGCGUCUCCCCGGCCACUCUAUUCCAUCCGGAUUGCAUCGCGGCCGUGCGCGCAUCGGCAGAAGCUGUGACGGGCGACGAGAGCCUUGUGCGCGAUAUGACGAGCGGCGCCGGCCAUGAUACCGUGUACGCUAGUCGUCGUUGUCCUGCGAGCAUGAUCUUCGUGCCUUCGAAGAAUGGCGUCAGCCACAACCCUGAGGAGUACACGAGUCCUGAGGACUGCGCGCUUGGUGCUCAGGUUCUCAUGCAGAGUGUGUUAAGAUUCGAUCGCAUGAGGGCCACGAAUUAG